CAGCUCUCCGAGUGUAACAUUCGGUAAAAGCCUAUAUAUACGCCUUCUGCGGAUCUGUUCUCGUCCUGAUCCAUCCAUAUGACCUGCCAAUGGUAUGUGAGAUUUUGCGUAAAGUGGAUCGCCGAUGUAGAGCUGGUCAGUUCCAGCUGACCGGUGACCUUCCGUGGCCUCUAGUCACAAUCCCGUCGCUGACCGGUCAUCGGACAGAUAUAAUAGUCCUCUGCCCUGAAGAACCCCAUACGCACCCCCUCGUCCGCUGGGACGCAUGUCUUCUGACGAUGCUCAAUCCCCGUACUAUACCAAACACGCAGCAUCAAGUUUUGUCGACGUACUCAAGUCACUAAGCAUUUCCCGCCCAAAGUCACCUUCUCCAAUUUCGCUCCACGAUAGCAGUGAUUCCUUAUCGCAUUCAUCGGAUGGACGCAGGAUCAGUCGGACUGUGCUGGGAUUUGACUCAAUGCAUCGCGGUAGCGUCGUAUCCAGUUCAUCCGACACCUCUGGUGCACGGGAUUUUGAUACGGCAGUCCGAACAUUGGCUCAGAGGCAGUCUCUAGGCCACGCUGUAGAAGAGGCGGAACAAAUAUCAAAGUCACUCCAGUGGUUCACUCCGGAACAAUCGCUUGCUCUUUGGGAAGCCGGGGCGUAUCUUUUCCACCAUGAAAGCUCACCCGAAGCUCGACGGAGCGGUUCGAUGUUGUUGGAAGCCGUUGCCGCACGGCAAGACCUGUCUCCCGCAGCGCGGCGCAUCGUCUUCGAUUCAAUAGCAAAACCAUCAGAUAAUGACGUUGUUCCCGCGCGUGUGCAGUCCUUGAUAGCUCUAUCGGAUCAUGGCCGAAAAUUAGAGUUUGCAGCCUCGUCCAUUCUCCCUGUGAUAUCGUCUUGCUUGCUUCCAUUAUACGAAUUGGUUUCAUCUGCGCGCUUGAAAGCUAGGAAAACCAAAGUUGGCAAAACAAAUGGGUUAGGAUACGAUGGCGCUGUAUUAGAUGACCUCCUACAGUUUGCGAUCGAUCUUAUCACACUACAACGCAAGCCACCAAGCGACGAAGAGGUACAGACGUUGUUAGAUCAGACUUUCACGAUUUGCCGCAAGACAAGCGUUGCCGCUGACAUCAAGAACUCCCUGGGCGUUUUUGAUGCCGUAAUACUCUAUGCAGACGUUCCGGAUGGAAGCUUCGUUCCCAUGCUGGAGGUAUUAUGCAGCAUUCAUGCAUCUGUCAAAUCGUUGUCCGGUCCGACGUCGAGAGCUGUGCGGAAUCUAGCAAAGUCGAGAAGGCAAUCCGAGAUGAUGGACAACCUAUAUGCUUUUCUAAGGGAGUCCUGCGGUGAAAACUCUCGUAACCUCAACGUUGUUCGGGGAGCGGUUUAUGUUUUCAUGGAUCUUGUGCGCGCGUAUGGUCAAGAUGGGAUACCCAGAUUCCAGUUCGGGCAUCUGAUAGAGUCGCUCCAGGUUGUUGUAAAGAAGGAUGAUGGCCGGUUGGAGGCAGAUAUCUUGGAGCUGUGUUUGAAUGUUUUGGAAGGUGACUACGUUCACACGGCCCUGGACAAUGACUGGAGCGAGUUUGUGAAUUUAUUGAAUACAUGCUCUCUUAGGGCCGUUGACGAACACGAAGAAUCCCCCUUCACAAUGCCUGAUGCGCAGCCGCGCGGCAGCGUGUUAGAUGACACACGGUCUAACAUCCUGGCAAGCACCAUUCAAAUUGCAUCUACUUUGGAAGCGCUUUGGGAUCGCUUAAAUCAUCAGCAGCGGCUAGACGCCACCCGUUUCCUAAUGAAUGCCUGUCGACAUAUCGAGCCUCCCCAGGCUGAGCUCGUUCUCAACACUAUCCGCACCGAAGGAUUUUGCUCCCCGGUGAGCCCGGAUUGGGUACAGCAGAACCAACGUCUCAUCCGAUGCUUCAUCCGCUCCCGCAGCAAACCAUCCGACGUUCGGAUCUUGGCUUUGGAUACUGUGAAGGAUUCUUUCUCAACAUACGAUUCUCUGGUUCUCUUCCAGGAACAGGGACUCCUUGACCUCAUGCUGGAAAGGUUUGCUGAGGAGGACGAUAUUCUAUUUCUAGAAUCGUUGGUCUCUUUUCUUGUCGACGCUUCUGUGCUCGUCAGUGAUAAUGAAAGUUUCAAACGUUUGGUGACAGUGUUAAGCUCGCCCAUGAGCAAAGACCUGGACAAAGAGGGUAUGAUCGGCUCUGAGACUUCGACAACUUUGUCUUCGGAACGCCGUUCAUUUAGCAGUGUUAUGGAGCUUUCCUUGGCCAAUAUUUGCACUAUUGGACUUGUCAGGAUGUUUCUCCGAUCCCUAAACAUGUCAGCGACUAAGGCGGCUUUGGUGUAUGAAGCACUUCUGAACAUAGCUCAAUGCUCAGAGCGGCCGGUGGACUCGCGUUUGACAUCACUGAAGCUACUAUUCCGACUCCGAUGCGAUUCGUCGGGCUCGAUUACCGUGACCUCCGUCUCUGAACAAGAUUUCAUGAUGAACGUUUCCGGGCGAAAUUUUGAAGCAGGCUCGAAACAACAGGGUGACCCGGCUGGUGAACAUAUCGUUGAUAGCGACCAAGGGCGACCAGCAGCCCAUGCAAGGCAUUCGGCUCGGGAGCCAUCGGUGCUUUCUAGGUCGUCCGGACGUAAUCCAAGCAUUCCCAUUCGGGCCUCAAGACUGACGCCUCCACUUUGGACCUUCGCGACUCCGCAGGCCCUUCCUGAAGCACCCCCCGAUGAGUCGAGUCCUUUCGUCUACGCUUAUGCCACGCCAGAAACGAGUCACCACAUAGAAUCUGAACCUGCGCAGAAGGUUGCAUUGAAGGCGAACAUGUGGCUUGAGACCGUCAUCUCAUUGCUGCAACGGGAGUCUAACUGGGAUCUCUACAGCUACGUUCUCACCCAUCUUGCAAGCCAACUUCAGAAUAAAGAUCUCUUCAGCAACGCAGUUCCCCAAAUCAAAUUACUGCGCAGUAUCCUUUGCGAUCAGGUGAAAAAUGACACGUUUCGUGAGCCUCCGCCGUCCACAGGUGGAAAGAAAACCGACGUGGCUGGUUACAUCUUCGAAUUUCUCUGCUCCCUAGUCAGCUAUCAUGAACACUUUGCCAAAAGUGAAGAAGACGAACUUGUCCGUGCAUUCAUGAUGGGUAUCAUUGGAUCCUGGGGUGGCACGUCUCGCGGAUGCAUACAUGCGCUCUCUGUCUGUUGCCAUGAAAUUCCCCUUUCGGUAACUAAGUCACUCAACGGAAUCCUUGACAAGAUGUCCAAAGUUAUUACAAUGUCCAAUCUUGCUGUGCACAUCUUGGAGUUUUUGGCUCUUCUUGCACGCCUUCCUGAUGUCUAUAUCAACCUACGCGAGGAAGAGAUCCGCACUGUCUUCGGCAUCUGUAUCAGAUUUCUACAGACUUCCAGGGAACAGCGAUUCAAGGCUUCUGAGUCGCCCACCAGGAAUGUUCAGGUUCCAACAAGACUUGGGAGUGGUGUCCGAGAUAAUAUGGCUUCGCCCGCAGAGUCGUCUGAUUCUUCACUCCAGGACGGGAUGUCAAGAUACAUAUAUACUCUUACGUAUCAUGUCAUGAUCUUCUGGUUCCUUUCAUUGAAAUUGCAGGAUCGAGCCAAACACGUGAAUUGGAUAACUAGCAGACUCAUAUAUCGGGAUGAACACGGUAGAGAGACAGUUGAAGAGCCAAGCCAGGUCUUCAUCGACUUGAUGCAGAGAGCGGCCUUUUCCGAUUUGGGGGACACUAUACCCUAUCCGACCUUUCCCCCCACGCCUGAAGAUGGACCUGCAGUGAAGAAGUCUUGGAUUGUAGGUAUGAGCAUCGUGACUGUUGAGACGGCUGGAGUAUCCGGCUUGACUCAGGUCACCAAGAGGCAAGCGUCAGGGACUACCUACGCAAUGUUUCAGCAACGAACUGCACCUGUUCUUCCUCACCAAGUUCCACCCACGCCAGAUGCCCACUUACAUUCUGACACCAUGCGCACUGCUGUCCUUCCGAGCCAUAUCAUGCUUCAGCUGACAACCACGGCUUUCCCGACACCUACGGUGAUGCAACCGAUCCCUCUUCCCGAAGAUGACAUCACACGCCGAGCACUGAACACCUUUGACCGCAAUGACAUUGUGGAUGGACACAAGAUUGGUGUCAUAUACAUCGACAACGGUCAGACUACUGAAGCAGAAAUUCUCUCGAAUACCAGCGGCAGCCCAGACUACGAAUACUUUCUGUCAAGACUCGGAACCAAAGUGCCGCUCCAGGGUGCUCGAUUUAAUACUCAAGGGUUGCAUGCGGACUUUGAUGGCCAAUUCACUUAUGCAUGGCGUGACCGGGUUACGGAGAUUGUCUACCAUAUUCCGACCAUGAUGCCUACGAACUUUGAUAACGAUCCAUCCUGCGUCAACAAGAAACGCCACAUAGGAAAUGAUUUCGUCAACAUCGUGUUCAACCGGUCGAAUACACCUUUCAACUUCAAUACGAUACCCUCUCAAUUCAACUUUGUCAACAUUGUUAUCAACCCUGUGUGCCGUCUCACCAAUGAUCCUAGCAGCGCGGAGUCGAGACGAACCGAUUUUGAGAACAUGUUUUACCAAGUGAAGGUGAUGAGCAAGCCCGGGUUCCCAGAAAUAUCACCUGCCGCGGUGCCAAAGCUUAUCUCCGGGAAGAACCUGGCCCCGUUCGUUCGGAUUCUCGCUCUCAACGCGUCUGUUUUCUCGCUGGUCUGGCACAGCCAAGGAGGCGAGCACAUUUCAUCGUGGCGCAACAGACUGCGUGAGAUCAAGAGACUUCGCGAGCGAGCGCUAGGAAAUCAGGCUCAAACUUCUGAGGCUGCCGAAGGGACUUAUCCCGGUCAACGCCGCAACACCAAAGCCAACAUAUUCUCCGAAGAAGUACCCUCGCGCAACACCUCUGUGCGGACCGAUUUUGCGACCGAUUGGAAUGCGGCUGCAGACACGAAUAUCCUGCAGAACUUGGACUUUUCGCGCUGGGGUCGUUGAAGGCCACAAGUUAUCUUGGUUUAGCUCGACAAAAUCAGGAAUGGAAAACCCGGGGCCAGAAAAGAAAAACGAAAACGAAACAAUAAUAGUUCACCUGAUUUUCAUUGACUCACUUAUGACCCCU